UUUUGCGCGUGCAUCGUUGUGACAGCGUAGGCGGACCUGCGAGCGCCAGGGUUCCUUGCGCCCAUUUUCGUCGAGCUUUUGGACGUCGUUCGAAAGUUGUCUCCGCGCGAUGGAGUCCCCUGCGACAGGCGUUUCCUGCCCCGACCCUAGCGCGCACGUUUGGGUGUCAUGCGCCGAACCCAGUGCUCAUCCCGCCAACGCACCACUACCACAACCACUGCUCCGCAGCUGGCAGACUCAGCGAUUGCGCUCAGGCCAUUGGGUCCUGGGAUGGCUAGCUACUGACGAGCUUUGCCGUGACUACUGUCGCCGCGCCUGUCACACGCCUUUUCACAAGGAGAACGGUGACCCUCCGGACGACAUGGACGGCCAUAUCUCUUUCCUGCGGCGCACUCUAGGGAAUCACUUUGUGCUGAAGUACGACCUCGAUUGUCGCGGUGGCAGGGUCGUGUUUGCGGACCGAACGCUCAUGAAGGUCAAGUGGGCAAUCAUGGUGUCGGAUAACGAAGGAGAGACUCCAGAGCAGCGGCGCUUGCCAUCACCGAGAGUAGUGGACAUGAUAAAGAAGGAGUUAGGGACGGAGGAGGAACCAAAAUGGUACAAGUGCAUUGACUCCAAGAUCUAGGGCUACCAGAAAUAGCGCGUAUCAUCACGCUCAAUGGGAAGUCAAAUAGUGUACAAGCCGAAGUCUCCGUUCCAAGUACAUUCAUUGAUUUGACAUGCAAGAUACACUCGAAACAAGAGUUCCGAAUCGACCUUGCUAUGUCUGCCCGAAGUCAACGUGGUAUUGAUACCGACACCGUUGUUAAAAUUGCACAGGCGCUAGGUAGUG